AUGAGUUCAGGAAAAAAGAAAUUGACAGAUGAAGGAGUUCGAGAAAUGAUAGAAGAUUGUGAUGAUGAGGACUUCAGUGACGGAAGUGAUGAAGAAUUCGUACCGAGUGGAGAAGAGCUGGAAGACUCGGAAAUGGAAGAUGUCAUCGAAGACAUCGAAUAUGAUAGAAACUAUGUUUGCGAAAGCCAACCAAAUGAAAACGAUAGGAAUCGAGCAUCGUCUAGUCCUUCCGAAUCAACCGACGAGGAAAGCGAUCCUGUAAGAGGAAGCCCACGCCAGCUUCCGUUUGAACAACAAGAAAAUUUGAUAUGGUUAAGUGAUGUAUUAGCCUUAGGAAGAGAAAACUUUUCUGGCAAUCCGGGGGUUCGAAAUAUUGAAGAAAUAUUAGACGAAGAUCGAAAAGUCAAUAUUAUAAAAAUAUUUGAAUACUUUUUGGAUGAUAGUCUGAUUGAAGAAAUGGUUACGCACACAAAUAAUUACGCCCAGACUUACCAAAAUGUUCGAAGCGGACUACACAGCAGAAUGAAACGAUGGAAACCUGUGGACAAAGGCGAUUUGAAAAAAUUUUUCGGUAUAAUUAUGUUCAUGGGUGUAAAAAUAUUACCGUCAAUAGAACAUUAUUGGAAGUUAGAUAUUUUGUACUAUUGUCCACUUAUGCAUUCCAUUCAGAUGUCAUACAACAGGUUCGUGACGAUUCUUCGAUGUUGGCAUUUUGCGGAUAUGCAGGUAGACAACAGCAACAUAACUCAUAAAAUUGAUUCUCUCGUACAAAAACUUGUGGGAAAAUUCCGAAGUUUAUAUGUUCCACCGGAAGUUAUCGUUGUAGACGAGUCGAUGAUUAAAUUUUACGGAAGAUUACGAAUAAAAACGUACAAUCCUUCUAAAACCAGCUCUUAUGGUAUAAAAGUAUAUAAGCUCUGUACAGUAAACAGCUAUACAUGGUCUUACGAAAUUUAUGCGGGUGCCUCUAUUCAGUAUGAGGGGCUAGAUAAACCUGGAACUGUCGUUGCAAAAUUAUGCGAGCCACUUCUAGAUCAAGGACGAGUACUUAUUGCUGACAACUACUAUACCAGUGUUCCUUUGGCAAAAUACUUAAAAGAUCGUAAAACUGACUUAUGCGGAACCUUACGAAAAAAUCGAGUGGGAUUGCCAUUGAACGUUACCAAAUCGAAACUGAAACAAUCGCAUGAUAAACGUGAUGUUCUCAUGAUAUCCAAUUGUCAUGGGGACGAGAUGACCAGCGUGCGUACGAGAUUGGGUGAAACAUUGAAGCCAAAUGCCGUCAUCGAUUACAACGAUGCAAAGAAGGGCAUAGAUGUAGCAGACCAGCUUUCCUCAUAUCAUUCUCCGUUGCACAAAAGUCUGACUUCGCUCAAAAAAGUUGCUGUUGACUUGCUUUUUAGAGUAGCGGUGGUUAAUGCGAGAUGCAUAUACAACGAGUAUUCCACCGGGGCUCCACUUACCAUGUUAGAAGUCCAGGAGCAAAUUAUUCGACAUCUUCUUGGACCUUCUGCAAACGUAACCACACCAGCUAGGCCUCCCUCCCAAGGGCUGUCGACACAUAAGCUAACAGAAAUUCCUCGACGAAACAACAUGCUUGUGCGAAAACGUUGUACAAAUUGCUACACAAAAUUACGCAAGGAAGGAAUGCCGGCUGCCUCGAAAGCCAAGCAAGUGCAUACGGAAUGUAUUCAGUGCCAGAAAGCUUUUUGUUUAGACUGCUUCAAUAACGUUCAUUGUUGA